UCGAUGAGAAGCAGCUACGGCAAAAAUUUAAUCAAGUCAUCCUAACAACGUCGAAGAGUCAAAUAAAUAUUAUUAUUUCAAAAUGGAAACUCUUCUGGGCAUCAAGGGACCUGAUUUUGUCAUGCUCGCUGCGGACACAACUCACGCCAAUUCCGUGAUAGUGAUGAAAGAAGAUGAGAACAAAAUCCACAAGGUUGCGGAUAACUUGUUGAUCUCGACGGUUGGCGCGUCUGGCGACACUGAACAAUUUACAGAGUUCAUUGCGAAGAACAUUGUCUUGUACAAGAUGCGCAAUGGCUACGAUCUAAGCCCCAAAUCAGCGGCACAUUUCACGCGCAAAAAUCUGGCUGAAAGUCUCCGUAGCCGCACGCCCUAUCAGGUGUUUAUGUUUAUUGCAGGCUACGAUGUCACUGAGGGUCCUGAGCUGACUUUCAUUGACAACCUGGCGUCUGCCCAAUCCUUGAAUUAUGCCGGUCAUGGAUACGGUAGCAUGUUCUGCGCCAGCAUUUUUGACCGGUACUGGCACCCGAAAAUCACACAGGAGGAGGCCUACGAUGUUUUAAAGAAGUGUGUGCUGGAAAUCCAGAAGCGUCUCAUUGUUAACUUGAAGAACUUUAAUGUUUCGGUUGUGGACAAAUCCGGAGUUCGUCAAUUGGAACAAAUUAGUUCCAAGAGCCUGCUUGAUUACAAUGCUGCCGCUUAAUCAUGUAGCCAUUAAUCUUAUUAUAAGCAUUUUAAAUGCACAUAGUGAAGCAUAAUAAAUGAUUUG